AUGGACAGAGAAAAGUUUCAGAAUUCAAAACCUCUUCCAAACCCAAGACCUAUGUACCAAGACAUUUUAUUAGAAGACUGUUCUCUACCGGUUACAGCACCAACUAUUCAGAAGAAAGAACUACCUCCAGUGGUCGAGGAAAAAAAACCAUCUACAGUUGCUGAAGAUAAAAAACCGCCUCCAGUGUUUGAGGAAAAAAAAUCACCUCUAGUUGUUGAAAAUAAAAAGCCACCUCCGGUGCCCGAGAAAAAAAAAUCACUUCCAGCUUUUGAAGAAAAAAAGCCACCUCCGGUAGUUGAGGAAAAAAAAUCACCACCAGUUGUUGAAGAUAAAAAGCCGCUUCCGGUGUUCGAGGAACAAAAACCAACUCCAGUUAAUGAAAAUAAAAAACUGCCUCCUGUGGCCGAGCAAAAAAAUCCACCUCCAGUUGUUGAAGAAAAAAAGACACCUCCGGUGGUCGAGGCAAAAAAACCGAAUCAAGUGAUCAAGACGUCACCAAAACUUGAAGUAAACGCUCCUUCGAACCAGGAACCUCGUUGUGAAAUCGGUUGUAUAAAGUUACUAGGACUACCAGUUUACAAAAGAAAUAGUUUAUGGACAACACCUAUGCCCGCGCACGCUUUCAAAGAAUAA